GAUCAAACACCAAAGAAAACAUUUAUUUAUGUAUAACUAAUGAUUGGGAAAAAAGUAAUCCAAGUUAGUAUAAACUCUAAACUUCAAACAAUAUUUAGUGCCAGUUGAGGGAAAGGUACACCAGAAAAACAAAAAUGUACCCUUUCUCUCAAAGCAAUAAUUAAGGAAGAUCGGCUUUUAUAGGCCAUUGCCCAGUAUCAAAAAUGGGAAAAGCUAGCAUCUGCCAUGUCAUGAAACAGCAGAGCCAUCACAACACGUCUUAUGCAACUUCAAAGCAUUAGCCCCGAAACGUACAGCCUCUUCGGAACGGCGAUACAUUACAUCUACGGAAAUAGCGAAGAAUGAUCCCUUUCGACUAAAGUCACCAGAGACCCUGGAAAAAAGUCAUGGCUUCCUUAAUCGUCCAAUUGACCUGUGAAGUGUUGUAUGGCAUCUAUGCAAUGGCCCUCAUCAGAGAAUACAAUUCAUGAAACAGAGAAGCAUUCCGACAGUCUGAGGUCCAGCACAAAGUGAAGUAUAGAUCAUUGACUACAUUGCUCGACUCUUGCUACAAAACGUCAGGAAAUGAACGAUGUGGUUGAAUUUGUGCAAUGUUUUAAAGCUUUCGGUCAAAUAGUUAAUAGUGAUGGUGAUCGCAUUAGAAUGUUAAUAUUUCGUUUUGUGUAGUAUGCAUACAAAUAAAACAUUUUAAGAUAUGUUUUUGGCUUUCUAAUGAAAAUGCUCGGGCUAGACCUAUCUUAGCAGAUGGGCAGCGCUUGCUGCAAGAAAAAAGAACCCGAUAUCGUCGAUCGUAUCAUCAGAACUUACGACGUGGUCAUCUUUACCAGUAUGGCCCAUUGCCCGGAUUGUGAAGAGGUGAAAACCGAGCUGAAUAGGAUCGGAGCGGAUUACACGGUCGUUCUUGUAGACGAUUUCUAUCAAUGCGCGUAUUUUGUCCAACUACUCCGAUGGAAGACGGGUUUCAUGAGCUUGCCUAUGAUAUUCAUCGGUGGCAAGUUCGUAGGAGGCAGCGCGAAGAUCCUCGAGCUGGCGCUCGACGGCAGGCUACCCAAGAUGGUCAGCGGUUCAGAACAAGGUAGAUGUUGCUGAAAUACGACGUUUAGGAAAUAUCGAUUCUCAUUUUUGUAAAUGAGGUUGUAAAUGAAUAACCCUAUUGAAAGCUGAUAUAAAUUACCAAAUAAUAGAAUAAGAAAGAAGAUUUACUUUAAAAAAGGGAAGGCAACACAAUCUCAAAUUAAGGAGAAACCCACAAGUAGUAGAUGAAGGUGGGGUGAGUAUGGGUAUGUGGAUAUGAUCUUACAAACUGUACACAAGUAUUUAGAAAAUAUAAAAAACGAAUAUUGAUUCACAUGUGUUUUAUUAUACCGAUAAACAUCUUGGUAUUGCACAUGCAUGCUUCUUAUGAGGUGAGGACAGAAGCCCAGAAGAGAUUGGUUUGCCAAUGGUCUUUAUUGGGAAAGAGACUAAUCGCAGUUAUCCAUGAUUGCUAAUUGUUAUGGGAGCUUGUUGCUGUAAAAGGAAAACGAUGUUGGAGGACAUCAUUACCAGACACCGGUGCGUGUUGUUCACGUCUAAGAAUUCCCACAUAGGCCACGACGUCAGAGUGAUGCUGGACGAUGCCGAAGUGACAUACUCUUUAAUCGAACUGGACUUUAGCAACCAUAAUGACCCAUUAGUGAAGCAGGUUUUAAAGAAAACUGGUCGCCUUUCUGUUCCGUUCAUGUUCAUCGGAGGCAAAUUCAUAGCCUGCGGGGAUGAACUCUUUGCUUUGGCGUUGUCCGGCCGACUUGGACGGAUGGCCGGCGGGCAUUUUUUCAUCGUCGACCGGGACGAACACGAUCCGCCGGACUGCUGCUUACCACCGGUGAACAAGUGUCAUAAAGUGUGCUACGAUCAUCCGCCGGAAGACGACGAUCUGGACGAAGUAGAAGGAGAAGGAGAAGAAGAAGAAGAAGAAGACUACGAUGACAGUGCGCCUUUUCUAUAAAGAAUUCGCGGUUUCUUCCGAGCGAAUGUUAAUUUACACUUUUUAUUCUCUGAACACAUCCAACAAUAAAAAAACUUGUUGUUUUUAUUUAAGAAUACAAUUUUCUGUUUGAUUCGUCGGGAAAGCAAUCAUAUGAUUACAUUUAGUAAUUGUUUAAACGUUAAAAAAUUAUUUCCAAAUAAGGUGUAAUUUAUAGCUCGGCCUCCUAGACGUACCAAGUCUGAUAUUGAAAUGUAAAGAAUUAUUAGACAAUUUCCGAAAUUCGGGAAUAGUAAAGAUGAACCUGUUCAGCGAUGGGGUGUUGCCCGUGCUCCAGGUUAUCGAAGGUAUGUUGCCCUUGUUGCAAUCGUCAGGUAGUGAGUAACAAUCUUCUUAAAGCCAUCAUCAAUUCUUACCCGAUAGUCGUCUUUUCCGACUCGUUAUGCGAAAGGUGCUAUCGUACGAAACAGAUCCUGGACGAAGUCGGCGCAGAUUACGCUUUAGUCGAAUUGGACCUGUGCGAAAACGGUUGGUUUCUGGGGCAGGAACUGCAGAGGAGAACAGGCAUACCGACCCUGCCGAUAGUUUACAUUCGCGGCACUUUGGUCGGAGGUGCCGCGGACAUGUACACUUACAAGUACACGGGCAAGUUGAUCAAGAUGAUCGAGACUCACCACAAGUCUCGCGACAGGGAGCGUUUCUUUUUGCCUAACUGCAGCACAGCUCCGAAACCGCCUAGAUGCUACGAAAUCCCGGGAAAGACAAAGUUUUCAAUACCUAAGGGGAUGCCCUUUCACUACAAUUUGCACUACAACAGUAUUCCGAAACGAUUAAAUAAAAUGUUACGCCAGUAAAUGUUUAAACUUUCCAACACAUGUUCGUUUUGUUGUUUAUAC